AUGACUCUUGCCGUCGUAUCCACAAUAUUCUUUAUGUAUCAAGAUUCACAAAAUGUGUACUUUGCCGAGCCUCAGAGUAUUCCUAUUAUCGUUACUUGGACGCCAUUUUUCAUAACGGACUUGAAAAAAGUAUUGCUUCCAACGCUUAAUAAUUGUAUUUAUAUGUGUCAUUUGAUCAACCGGCGGGAGCAGCAUUUCUAUCAACGGAACGUUUCUGCAUAUGUAAUCCAUGGACGUGACAUGAACAGUUCCGAUUUGCCGUCAGCAACUCCAAAUCAGUUAAGAGUGUUUAUGCUCAUGGAAUCUCCGCACCAUACUGGAUCCGCCAUUCACCAGGUACCACGGAAUUUUUUCAACGCGACUAUGACGUAUAGGCGAGAUUCACGCUACUUCCUUCCUUACGGACAAUUCGUGCCUUUGACCCCUCAGGAUAAAGAACGAGAAGGUGUAGCCGUGUCAGAACAAAAAGUGCUCGAUGCUUUGAAGAGGAAAACAAGAGGCUCACUUAUUUUCGUAUCGAAUUGCAAUACACGCUCAAAACGAGAACAUGUUAUAAAGCAACUAGGACAAUUCACUGAAGUAACAGUCAGAGGAGCGUGCCAGAAACAGCUGAGUUUUGACAAUUCCACGGAACUUUGCAAAAGCGACUGUGACGACGACUCUCUCAUUGGUACUGAUGUUCCUCCAGAUUCAUUUAUAGCUCUUGAUGAUUUUGAAAGCGUCAAGCAGUUGGGGGACUACUUGAACUUCCUACGCACGAAUGAUACCGAGUAUUUGAAAUAUUUUGAAUGGAUCAAACAUUACCGAUUACCAUCGAGUUACAUAAGCAACGCGUUAUGCAAACUUUGUGAGGACCUCUAUCAUAAUGAGAAGUUAGAGAUUAACGACAUCGCCCGGUAUUACACUCAUAAUCAGUGCUUGGAUGGAUGA